UAUCAUUUUGGCCCCUUUAGAUUUGUUAUCAACACCAGAGCCUCCUGCUUUCUCUGCUGUCUCUUCUUCUUCACAGUCCUAUCUCCCCACUAUUAGCUUCAAACACAAUUUUGCCAUGGCUACAGUCACCAAUUUCUUGUCAAAACCACCUUCUUCUCUUUCAAGCACCCCUAGAAUCACUCCUCGCUGCUUCCAUAGUUCCUUUUUGGUGAGCUUUGGCUCUAAACAUAAACCUUUCUCGGCAACGAGACUAGACACGAAGAGGACGCACUUCAUCACAAAGGCCACAGCUGCCCCAGAGACCAAAAAGGCUGUUAGCGAUGAAAGAGUACAAAAAAUCCACAACAUGGAGGAAUUCGAUGAAGCCCUUAAAAUGGCGAAGAACAAGCUUGUGGUUGUGGAAUAUGCUGCUAGCCACAGCGCUAAUAGCAACAAGAUCUACCCUUUUAUGGUGGAGCUUAGCAGAACCUGCAACGACGUGGAGUUCUUGCUUGUAAUGGGCGAUGAAUCAGAAAAAACCAGAGAACUUUGCAGAAGAGAGAAGGUAGAGAAAGUUCCUCACUUCAGCUUCUACAAAGGCAUGGAGAAGAUUCACGAAGAGGGAGGGAUUGGUCCAGAUCAGCUGAUGGGAGAUGUGCUAUACUAUGGAGAUAACCACUCUGCUGUUGUGCAGCUGCAUUCAAGAGAAGAUGUGGAGAAGUUGAUUGAUGAUCAUAAGGCUGAUCACAAGCUGAUUGUACUUGAUGUGGGGUUGAAGCACUGUGGACCGUGCGUGAAAGUGUAUCCAACGGUGAUAAAAUUAUCGAGGAGAAUGGGCGAUACUGUGGUGUUUGCCAGGAUGAAUGGUGAUGAGAACGAUAGCUGCAUGCAGUUCUUGAAGGAUAUGGACGUGAUUGAGGUACCCACUUUCUUAUUUAUCAGAGAUGGUGAGAUUUGUGGAAGGUAUGUAGGCUCUGGUAAAGGAGAGCUUGUGGGAGAAAUUCUUAGAUACCAAGGAGUUCGUGUAACCUAUUAAAAAGUAGAAUCUAAAUUAGACAAAAUUCUUGAUUAUAGUUCAAAUUAAUGAAAAGAAAGAUGAGUGGUUUAUUAUGUAGAAAAA